AUGGGAUGUGGAAAAAGUGUUCAAAUUGUAAAAAAUAUCAAAGUAUUGCCUCCUAAAGACAAAUGUUUUAUUAGCACAAAUAAUAUCUCUGAUGAAAAAAGCACAUUUUCAGCUGAUUCAAAAGCAGGGAACGCAGCUGCAUGUGAUUAUGAAAAUUUUUGUAUAAUUGAGCGUCAUGAGGAUUAUCAAUACGUUGAAGCUUUUCACGUAUCAAGCCAGCAAAACCGAUUAAUUAAGAUGAUCCCUAAAGAAAAUUUAUCAGAAAAAUUAUAUUUUAAAAAUAAAUCCAUUUUGCAACUCCGAGAAGCAAAAAUUUUGAAACUACUAUCUCAUCAAAAUAUUCAAAAAUGCUUUGAGGUGAUUGAAGACGAGAUUAAUGUAGGCAUUGUUUUUGAGUAUCUCAAUGGAAUGUCUAGCCUUAAUUCCAAAUUUAGAGUUUACAACGAAUUCGAAGCUUCUCAGAUCAUGAAACAGCUUUUUUCAGCCGUCUCGUACAUGCACUCAAAAAGAGUAAUCCACCGAAAAAUAACUUUAAAUACCAUUUUUAUUGAUGAAAACAAUUUAUCAAUAAAACUCUGCAAUUUUGAAGACGCUUUUAUGAAAGGCUUGGAGCAGCCAUCAAAAAUCCUAGAAGAGCUUCCUUUUGUGGCUCCUGACUUUGAAAGCAGCCGAUACAGUGAAAAAUGUGACGAAUGGAACUGUGGAGUUAUCAUGUAUAUGCUACUAACUGGAGAGUCGCCUUUUCCUGGGCAAAAUGAAAUAGAAAUUAAAGCUAAAAUGAGGUCAGGAAAUUAUUUAAAAAAUACCCCAAAAUAUGACGCUAUUUCUCUUCAAGCGAAAUACAUAAUUGAUAAAUUGCUUAAUAUUGAUUCAUUGGCAAGAGUGUCAGCUGCAGUCGCAAUAAAUUACCCAUGGGUCCAGCAAGCUAUGAAUGAAGGAAAAAAUAAGAAAAAACAAGCGCAGCAAUCAAAUAAUAGCAAUUUAAGUAUGUCACGAGAAAGUGAAAUGUCGCAAAUCGUACCGUUAAGACGGCUUUCUUGCUUUUCAUGCUUUUGUGAGAAUAAAGGAGAUUCAGACUUUGUAGAUUUUAAUGAUUUUAAAGAUAAUACUGAUGAAACUUAUCAAGAUUUUUUAAAGGGGUGGCUAAAGAUUGUAGAGUCUAGAGAAGGGCUUGCACCAAGCAGCUAUAGAGAGUUUUGUGAGAAGGAGCAUCAAAAGUAUGGAGAAAUUGUGAUAUCGAUCCCUAAAAAUUUUGAUUAA